GCAAGGCGUGACGGAUCUUUGCGACCGACGUGGAGUUAGUUGCUAGCACUCCAUGGAUUUAUAAUCAAAACUUCGAAAUGUCUCGAGAAUAUUGUUGCGUAGAAUCGAAUAAAAUAGCUGCAAUUCUCGAUAACUGACAGAAAGGGAGAAAGAGAGAGAGAGAGCGAGAGAGAACGAGAGAGAACCGUUAACAAAGGGAACAGGUUAUAAGUUCAUAAAUGAAUAAUCAUUGUUGGCGGAAUGCACCGAUCCAGACAAGCCUCGAGGACGACGCAGUAUGGCCAGAACUUUGCAGGGAGAGGAAACCUGUGCGGAAAAACUCCUCUGGAUGGGAAAUGUCAAGAGCCACUGGAAAUGACAGUGUGGGAGAUAGAGUAACAAAGGCAAGUGGAAGGACCGAGGAAAAUAAUUCAGAGUUUCCAGUCCUUCGAGAGACCAUGGCAAGAGGUAGACGGAAAUCCUUUGUGAUACACCCAACAACAGAGGAUAUUUUCUUAUUUGCCGAUGAAAUGAAAGAGAAGGCUAAAACGCCAUGGAGGAGGAGGCCGAAAAGAACCGACCGGAUAUGCAUCGAUCUUCGGGAAGCUUUAGAGAAUCACGACUAUCUUAUGAGGAUUCAAACCGACGAUUGCAAAAAGAUCAGGAUAAACGUUUGCAGACUUAAACUUGACCCACUAAAGGACUGUGCCAUGGGGUACUUUCCACCAGGACGAAUGAAACAUGGUAAACUUUAUAUAGAAAAGGUGAAGAGACUAUCCAAGUUGAAGCAGGCAAUCAUAGAGGAUCGAAAGAGAAAGAAAAAAGAAUUCUUUGAGUCGGGAAAGUGCAACGCAAUAACAAGGGACAUUAUUCCACUAGAUUUGAGCAAGCUAAAAAUCGAGCCUGACCCCAAUGUAGACAUAAAUAUAGUUCAAGAUCUGAACUCACUAACACUGUAUAGUUCAAAGGACUGGAGGCCACAACCUGAAAAUCUGGACGAACGCUUUGAAUUUACCCUCGAUAUCGCUAAUUCGCUGAAAAACUUAAUAAUAAAUGACGGUAAUAAACAAAAUGUUAAGUGCUACCAAAUGGAUGGAAACGAAGAUAAAACCUGUGUAGAUCUGAUCGGUAGAACACUAUGCUUAAACAUUUCCGAUGGUAUCGAUAUGAUACAGCCUAAUCAGGGAGACGUUAUAAAGCACUCUAAACGAUUUAGAGAAUACUGUACUAACACGUUAUCUCCAGUCCUGGAUGCAAGCCUGGACGUAUUUCUUGCAAAGAUUACAAGCCUUCAAAAAAAGUUAUACGAAAGGAACAACAUCAAAGGAAGGUGUAAACGCAGAUACUAUGCUGGGAUCAGAGAAACAGAGAAACACGUGAAACUGAAUAAAGUCAAAUUCGUUGUCAUAACACCUGACAUGGAAAAGAUAGAAGCAGAAGGAGGUCUUGACGAUGCCGUGUACAGAUUAAUCGAUAACUGCAAAAAUCAUGCGAUCGCCUUCUGUUUCGGACUCGAUAGAAGAAAAUUAGGCUACCUUACUCAUGGGAGAGGCCUCGUCAGCUGUAUCGGCAUAGUGGAUUACAGCAAUGCCAUGGAAGAAUUGAGAGUAUUGCUCGAGGAAGUGGUACGGGUAAAAAAUAAGUACCAACGAUUGAAAGGACACGCAGACAAAGUGAUUAAUUUGCAAUCGAUACUGUCAGGUACUGAUUUACUCUUAACCGAGGUGCUGAAUACUCUCCUGAAAAUUUUAGCGUCCACUUGAAAUUAAAUAAACGUAAAAUAUAUCCACCGAAGGUGCA